AAAAUGAAAACUCAAAUGGUAAAGAUAUUGGAUGAAGCGACUAAGGAUAGCUUAUAUGUCCAAUAUUCAUUUAAUUAAAUAUUAGGAUGAUAUAUGUCUUUAAGGUAAAUGAACUUUAUAGAUGGUAAAAAUAGAAUUAACAGACAAUUGUGAAGGACAUAGUUCUAAAUUUAAGAAGAAAGAUGAACAUUCAAGAUACUGAAUAGAAUACUUGA